GUCAUGGUGAUUGGUGAUCAGCUGUUUGAUGACAACAACAACACGGCAGCCACCAGCAGCAGGACGCCGCCAGCCACUGUCUCCCUCACACUCCAGGACAAAAAAUAGAGGCAAGCAAAUUUCCUUCAAAAAAUCUGUCGGGCAUCAGUUGUACAUCUGUUACGUCAACUUUCAAUGAAAAUUUUAUCGAGGAGGUUGUUAACUAGGGAGAACUUCAUCUGCUACAGGAACCUUUUGAUGUCUAAAAACCACACCCUGUACAGGAUGAAUAGUAGUUACAGGGAAAGAGACCUUCAGCCUAAGAGAGUGGCGGUUACACAGAUGACUGCCUCUCGUGAUAAGGACAUUAAUUUCAAGACUUGUGUUGACUUGGUGGAGAGAGCAGCCAGGUCAGGAGCUCAGAUGGUGUUCCUUCCCGAAGCAUGUGAUUAUAUCGCCGAGUCAAAGGAAGAGUCGGUUCAGCUCGCAGAAUCUAUCCACGGACCGCUGGUAGCCAAGUAUCGGGAGCUGGCAGCCUCAACACAUGUCUGGUUGUCACUAGGAGGGCUUCACAUUAAGAAUGAAGGAGAGGACAAGAUAAGUAACACCCAUCUGAUGAUAGAUGACCGAGGGAUGAUCGUCUCCAGCUACAGUAAGGUGCACCUCUUCAGUGUACACAUCCCUGAGAGGAACCUUCACCUCGAGGAAAAGACUUAUGUGUCUGCCGGCGGGUCAAUACGUCCCCCCGUGUCUACACCCGUGGGCCAAGUUGCCUUGUCUAUUUGCUAUGACAUGCGCUUCCCAGAGAUGAGUCUCAUACAGAGGAAACUUGGUGCUCAGAUUCUGACCUUUCCUUCAGCAUUUACGGUAACAACUGGACUGGCACAUUGGGAGGCUCUUUUAAGAGUUCGUGCAAUAGAGACGCAGUGUUAUGUGGUGGCAGCAGCUCAGACGGGCCAGCACAACAUAAAACGGUCUUCUUAUGGACAUGCUAUGAUUGUCGACCCUUGGGGGGCUGUAGUGUGUCAAGUCAGUGAAGGCACAAACUUUGCAUUAGCAGACAUUAACCUGGAAUAUCUUGAGACAAUUCGCCAAGAAAUGCCAGUCCUGUCUCACCGCCGCCUGGACCUGUACCAUGUUAAUGACGUGCAGUUACCAGAUAGUUCAAGGAUCUGUGACCUGUAUCCAUUUCCAAGUCCAUACAUCAGUUAUCAGUUUGGUACGGUCGCGGUCCCUGGGUCGUGUGUGUUCCUCAAGUCUCGUCUUUCCCAAGCGUUCGUCAACAAGAAGCCUCUGGUGCCAGGACACAUCCUUGUGACUUCAGAGAGGCCAGCUAAACGUCUAGUAGAGUUGCAGGUUCCAGAGAUUAGUGACUUGGCUCAGCUAACCCAAAAAGCUCUUGAAGUUGUUAUGUGUCAAUACAAACCUGAGAGCUGCCAGAUUGCUAUCCAGGAUGGACCAGCAGCAGGACAAACCAUUGAUCACAUUCACAUUCAUAUUGUACCACAAAGCUCAGCACCAACACAGAAACUACAGGGACAUGAAGAGGACUUUGUUAGUCAGUGGCGAGACACAACAGAGAUGGAGGAGGAAGCCGGUCAGCUGAGAGGGGUGGCCAUGCAGAUCCUCCCGGGCUUGUCCAACACUGUUUCGGGCAUUUCUGAUGAUGUGGAAGUUCCUGACCCGAGGUGUCCCCAGAGCUUCCAGUUUGGUUCAGUAAAAGUUCCCAGCGGUUGUGUGUUUGUUAAAACAAAACAUUCCUGUGCCUUUGUGGCGCCUAACCCUGUUUUGCCGGGUCAUGUGUAUGUUACCCUGCUUAAGCCGUCAAUAGGGUUUAGGAAGGCGAGUGCAGACCAGCUCACAGAUUUAUUUCUGAGUGUGCAGUCAGCCCAGCACCUUGUGGAGACCAGCCAGAAUGCUGACUCCUCUACCAUCGUCCUCCUAGAGAACUCACACUCAUCUCAGGCAGAUCAGCUGCAGUAUCUCCAGCUACACGCACACAUCAUACCAAGAACUGAAGGGGACCUCACCAACAGUGACGACAUCUACGACUCUAUAUUAAGCCAUUACCAGCAAUGUUCCGAGUGGACAUUUACGGAGCAGCUAUUGGCUCUGGCCGGUCAGCUGAGGAGCUUAUGAUUUAUGCUGAACAAAACUUACAAAUGGGAUUAAUGUACCAAUUGUUCUGGGACUGAAAGUUGUCCAGGUCUGUCAGAGAAUUGGUGCUGAUUUUUUUCCCAUCAAACUUAUAACUUUUUAAAAAAUUUUAGAUGUAAAUAUUUCUAAAGUUUAUAUUACAUUAAAAUCAGUCAAUGAGUGAGAGUAGAACUAGUAGCUAAGUGAUGACUGUGAUGUGUCAAACUUAUAUUUUUCAGAGAGCAUUAUAGCUUCAGUGUCCCAAAGACUGAGUGUGGUGAGAGAGACUGUAAGAACUUAUGGGUUAACCUGACUUGCUGAAAAUGUUUAGUAAUGGCAAAUAGUUCUACUGGUCCCCACACAAAGGAUUAAAUUUAGUAUUUCUUAUCUGCUGUAAUCCCCAACCCGGAUCUCCUUUACUAUAACAAAAACAGUAAAUCAUAUUGAGUCAGUUACAGUAUAUCAGAUUGAUUCAUUAUAGUAUACAGUACAAGUAUCAGAUUGAGUCAAUUACAGUACAGUAUAUCAGAUUACUUAUAUGUUUCUUUUACAGACAUUGUUCAUACAGACAGCUAGAGAUAGAGGCCAUCAUAUCAAAAUACUGUGUAAAGUUCCAGGCUCACUGCAUGAAGGUACGAAACAUUAUUAAAUUAGUCAAAUAAGUUUAUUAUUCUUCAUAGUUGGUGCCGGUGCUAGUGCCAGGCUGUAGACUCGCCUAACACUCACUACAACACUCUUUAUGGGUUCUUCUGUAGAAAUGAUUAUUUUAAGAAAGGCUUCAGGUUCUUGUAGGUGUUUAUCCAUUCUUUCCUCUUGUCACUGUGUAGUCUAUUGCCAUAGUUAUAGAAUACAAUACCACAUGUAUUGAUACAGUAAUGUAUUUAGAUUCAUGAGAAAACCAGCUACAAUGUUUA